AGCCGGUUAGCUCGCCCACCAACACGUACCGUUUACCAAACGGUCAGAUUUUUGUCCUCAUGUGGAAGUUGUCACACACAACACAACAAACACUGUUAAAGUUUAUUGUAUGCGCAAGCACAAUACUUGCGCGCUCAAUUAAAUUUAUUUGAUGUCAAUUGCAUGUUGUGUGUGUUUUAAAUUUAUUUAAAAAAAGUUUGAUAAUAGUGAUAAUAGUGUUUUUAUGAGAGUACUUAUUUAGUGGUUAGUGAUAAAGUGAACAACAUCUCUCAGCUGUAGGCUGUAGCAGCAUCUUGCAAAGUAAAUGUUCGGGUUUAAGUGUUAUAGGUGCUGAUAUCUUAAGCAAUAUCAUGGACAACUGCUGCUUUUUGUGGAGAAGUGACGAGAAAAUAUGACAACACAGGCGUCAUCAAUAAACAUGGAAUCUUUGCCCAAGCAAUUUGUAGCCGCGAUGCGAACAUUGUUUGAUAUUAUGGACGAUAAACACACCGGCUAUGUAAAAUUGACAGAUAUUGAGAACCGAUGGCGCGAUGAUCGUACAAAAGGUUUACCGAGAGGUGUUAUAGAGAGCUUGCAAAAAGUUGCGUCCCAUGAUGGGUUGUUAAGUUUCGAAAGAUUUUGCACAGGGCUCAAGAUUUGUCUUCUCCGCAACCAAGUGGAAUGUGCUUCUAGCAAAGUCGAACGACUUAAUAGCGAUGUGGAAAACGCGGUAUUACACUCACAAAUGAGUGCGCAAACACAUCGCCCACCAUCCGCUCCAUUAUUGGAUGCUAAUGAACCACAGAACGUUGAAAUUCAUUGGAAUUUAUUGAAAAAAUCGGAAAAUAUUACACAACAUAGGACUCUAAGUAUGCCUCAGUUAAUAUCGCGAAAGGAACAACCCAUUCAAGAACUGCGGCAUAGCGCAACGAGUGCACUAUCCAAGCAUGAUCAGCAAAGAGCUUAUGGCCCACCAAAACCACCAAGAUUGGAAAAGAAUGUUAGCGAUAGAAAAGAAUCUUCGAGACCAAGCUACAAAUCAGAAGAAGAAUUGCAUUUUGAUAGUGAAGAAGUGAAUGAUAAUAAAUUAGAUUUCGAAGCAAUAUCUAGAUCUGUUGAAGAACAAAGUAGGGGCCUUGGUGAUGGUCGUUCGGCAAACGAGACACAGACACAUGUUAGGAAAACACCUCGCCGACGAGAACCUCGUAGACAUACACUGCAUAACGGUGUGGAUUAUAACUUAUUAAAACGUAUGAAACAAAUCGAACAAGAAAAAGAUGUCCUGUUACAAGGCUUAACAGCAGUAGAGGAAGCACGAGAAUGGUAUUUAAAGCAACUUACUGAAGUACAAGAGAAGAUGCGCUAUGCUGGGCGAAUGGGCGCGUAUGUGGAGCCGUGGAGUGAAGCACAUCAAGAGAGGUUGGAAUUAUUGCGAGCUCGUGUGCUAGAGUUGAAUCGACAGCUCGGAGCCCUAGCCGCUGGCUGGCGACACGGUCAACUUUCCCUCCACAUGAACCUCGCUCUGCCCACUAUGACACUUACAACGACCACAGCAACGCCUAAUAACGCUGCAGUUCUAAGGUCUCAAAAUCGAAUGCUAGCCGAGGAAGUCAAUAGAAAAAAUGAGAGAAUUUCUGUGCUGGAACGAGAAAAAUCUGCUCUUAUAAGGGAAUUACUACUGCAAAGAAAUAGAUCAAAAAUUGCUGAUAAUUUUGCUUAAUCAUAGGUAAUUGAAUUGUAAGUAAGCAGAGAUAAUAUUAUUAAAAUAGGUCCUUAAAAUAUGUAGGUACCUGCUUAGUGAUUUUUUU